AUGGGAUCAUGCCUCAGCUGCAUCAAGAAAGACAGUUCAAAAACUACCAAGACUUUUGAGUUAAGCUACCCUAGGAGUACAGUUAUCGAGGUGCCAAAGUGAAAUAAACGAGGAGAAGUUGAAGAUUUAAUUCAACAACACGUUGAACUCACAAACCCUAGUCUGGUCCUCGCUAGGGAAGUCAGACAUAGGAAUAGGAAGUAUUUCAUCUCAGCCUGCAUCCUCCCAGGCCUUAAAUCAGAGACCCUUGCCCCAAAAAUAUGCCAAGACCAGUUGCUAAUAUCUGAGGACGGCAACAACAUUCUCAUGGUUAUCUAUGAUGGCCAUGGUAAUGAAGGUCAUAAAGUAAGCGCCUUUUGCAGCCAAGAACUUGAAUUUUACUACCAAGAGCACAAGCAAGACUUCUUACACUCUCCAAAACAGUCACUAACUAUAGCAACUCAGCAUUGUGAUCAAGCUCUCUGCCAAAGUGGGAUUCCGAUCAGUACUUCAGGGACAACCCAAGUUGCAGUUUUAAUUCAAGGAAGCCAAAUUUACUUUGCAAAUGUAGGUGACUCCAGAGCACUUUUGGCAUCUGGGGCUAUAGGACCUAUUAGACCAACUAUGUCUGGAGGGUCUAAUGAAGAUUGGGAAUCAACCUUAGAAGACUGCCGAAAAGACAGAUCAAUUCCAGACGCAUACCCAAUUAAGCCAUUUCAGCUGACUUCUGACCAUAAGCCUGAUUCAGAUACAGAAAUGAUGAGGAUCCUUGAGAGUGGAGGCUGUAUUAAGAAAAAGUGCGAUAAAGGCUUCAAACAUGGGCCUUAUAGGGUCUAUAAACUAACUGAAAGUGUUCCAGGCCUCGCCACUUCGCGAACCAUUGGAGACAAAGUAGCAAGGCAGGUGGGGGUUAUUUGUGACCCUGAAAUCAGCACCCAUGACCUUGAAUUCGAGUACGAUGAGUUCGUCAUCAUUGCUACUGAUGGCCUUUGAAAUGUUAUGUCAAACGACGAUGUUGUUAAUUUCGUUGCUGCUUAUAGAGAUAAGUGCCAAAAAGAACUGGAUCACUCCUUAGAUGUUGAGCCAAACCCUAGCAAUGCAUGCAUUGCCCAUCUCCUUUGUGAAGAGGCAAGAUUAAGGUGACUUAAAAUAGCCUCAACCAAAAAAGUAACAGUUGACGACAUUUCUUGUAUUAUUUUAGAUCUCAACAAAGACAAAAACGACUCAUACCUAGAAGAGCCAACUGUUGAGAAGUCAAACAAAGUCAUGCCUGCUAUGCCAGAGCUGGUACCACAUGUGGAAAGACACAAAGAUCUAUUUUUACAGAAAGUUAUGAACUAUGUUCCAUUUGAAGCUGGAAGAUGUCCUUAA